AUGGUUGUAGACCAGCUCCCAGAUUUUGGGAAUAGACUGAAGUUCUCUUCAGGUGGCUGUGUCCCAAUUAGACCCACAAUUCGACAAGAAGUAAACAGCUCAACAAAUGAUGACUGCAUUUUGAUCAAUCAAACUAAAGAAAAAUUGAAUCAAGAACAAUGUCUUGCUUUGACAUUUUCCAAAAUACUUAUGCCAAAUAUGAAGAGAUCAGGACCAUCAGAAUUAGAAGUUGCCAUUCCUAGACAAGAGAAAAAGAAAAUUAAGAAAGGUCAGAAAUCAACUCAAGUAUGGAUAAACCAUUUUUUAAGAGACAUUCUCCUCAGGUCAUCCUUUUCUCUAGCUUCCAUUAUAGAGGCUCCAUUCAAACAUCUAUACAAUCCUCAAAACCAUUAUAUAAUGGCAGAAAUGAGAAAGCCCAAAGAUGAUAAAAGAACAACAAAAAAAGCCAAGGAAAAAGUAAGCUCAUGUGCAAUAAUACUGAAAUCCAGGAAAAUGAUAACUGAUGGGAAUCUUGAAAUAAUAGACAACACAGAAAAAAUUCCAUCAAAAUCAUCACAUAAAAGUGAACUUCUUAACGAGUCAAUUUUCACAUCAGAAACAAUUCUAGAAUCCAACAAUUCUACAAAAACCUUAGAAAUGGAGUCGAAUAAUGGUAGCAAAGAUUCAAUGAAUUCCCAGGAGAACAAUGAUGAAGCCACAUGUUACAAGGACAACACCAAUACAGACUGCAAGAAUAGCUUAGAGGAAUUUUCUGAUAACAUAUCAAAGUGCGUAAGCAGCUUAAAUAUGGAUUUAAUGUUGCUCAUAAAUGAACUCAGAGAUGAAUCCAAAGAUUUUGAAGGAUGGGCAACAAAUUUCUCACAGAACAACGCAAAGAAGCCUACAAAGAAGGGUGGAAAGAAGGAAAAGGACUCAGAUCCUGAUUCUGGAGACACAAAAGAUGCAAAGAAAGAAGGAAAGAAAAAGGAGAAGAAAGAAUCCAGGAAAAAGAAGAAUAUAGAGUCUACUGAUGCUGAAUCUGUUGACUCCAGGGAUGCAAAGAAAGAACCAAAGACUGAUAAAAGAGAAAAAAAGAAAAAGAAGGAUGCAGAAUCCACUAGUGCUGAAUCUGGUGACUCCAAAGAUUCAAAGAAAGAGAAGAAAAAAAAGAAUGAGGAUAAAAAAAGUGCAGAAUCUGUCAGUGCUGAAGCUGUAGAUUCAAAGAGUGUAAAGAAGGAAACAAGACGUGCAAAAAAAGAUGAUAAGAAGGAUGCAUUCUUUACUGAUUCUGAAUCAGAUACAGAGUCCAAGAAGAUCAAAAAAGAUGGAAAGAAUGAAAAUAAAAAGAACAAGAGGAAGCCUGUCAAGGAAGUAGAGUCUACUGAUGCUGAUUCUGAAUCUGAAGGUGAUCAAACACUUAAGAAAGGUGAAAAGGAUAACAAAAUCCCAAAGAAAGGAGAGAAGAAGGAUGUAAAGAAGAAAGCAGAGUCUACUACUGCAAGUGAGUCUGAUUUUGAAGUAAAGACGGAAAAGAAAGAGGCCAAAAAAGAUACAAGAAAGGACAUAAGGAGUUAUACCGAUUCAGGAUCUGAUGGAUCUUCCAAAGGAGGCAUGAGAAUUAUAAGACCCUCAGAUACUGAAUCUGAAGAGUUAUCAGGGCUUAAAGUUAUGAAGACCACUGAUGAUUCAGAUGUCACAUCUGCAGACUCAAAGAAGGGAAUAUCAGAAAUAAGGAAAGGAUUCAGAUCAUCAUCCAAAAAGACUACUUUCGGAGAAAAGGGGAAGAGCGAUGCAGUUGGUAGAAUCCCUUCAUCAAGACAAAGACUACCACUCCCUCCUUGUGAGCCAUUUAAAGCAUCAACCAAGCCCAAACGUGUCUGUCAGUGCAAGGCAACACCUCCACCUCCUCCAAAACCAAGAUAUGCUCCUUUGCCUGGAGUGGAGUGGAUUCAUAAGCUGCUCUGA